UUUAAGACAAACCUGCACAGUGAAGGGGAGCAGUUCCUGCAUGUACCGUAUUCUCAAUCUCUGCCAAUGUUUAACUAUUUCUCAUUUUGUUUGCUGAUUUGAUCUGCUGUUGCGUCAUUGUCAAGCCUCUGGGAUAUUAAUUGAAGCUUCUAUCAGCCAAGACGAUUUCCAAAGAAGGAAAUACUUCUUAGGUUCUGGUUUAAGAUGACACCAUUACAAUUCAAAGAUGCUUUCUGGGGAACAGAUUUCUGCAGCAACGUGGGCUAUGAAGCGCUCAUCCAACGCCUGUGUGAUGGCCGCCGGAUGUGCAAGGACAUGGAGGAGCUCCUGAAGAUGAGGGCAUUGGCAGAGGAAAGGUAUGGCAAGGAGUUGGUGACCAUUGCUCGCAAAGCAGGAGGCCAAAGUGAGAUCAGUACUUUGAAGGCUUCAUUUGAUCAUCUGAAAGCACAGAUUGAGAACAUUGGGAACCUGCACAUGCAGCUGUCAGUAAUGCUCAAGGACGAGGUGAAGAGGAUGGAGCAGUUUAGGGAGCGGCAAAAAGAGCAGCGGAAAAAGUUCGAGGGGAUCAUGGAGAAGGUACAGAAGACCAAAAUUGCUUUAUUUAAGAAAACAAUGGAGUCUAAGAAACUGUACGAGCAGAAGUGCAGGGAGGCCGAUGAGGCGGAGCAGGCUGCUGAGAGAGUCAACAGUGCUCCCACUGCCACACCCAAACAGGCCGAGAAGGUACAGAACAAGGCCAAACAAUGCAGAGAAGCAGCAGUAGAUGCAGAGAAGCAGUAUAUGUCCAAUAUCGAGCAGCUUGACAAGAUUCGUCAGGAAUGGGAGUCAACCCACGAGAGCACAUGUGAGGUCUUCCAGCAACAGGAGGGAGACCGCGUCAACAUCUUGAGAAAUGCAAUGUGGGUUCAUUGUAACCACUUCUCAAUGCAGUCUGUAAAGGAUGACGAGUGUUAUGAGGAAGUGCGUCUGAGCUUGGAGGAGUGUGACAUUACGGUUGACAACAACAGUUUCAUUGAGCUGAAGAGCACGGGAACGACCCCCCCAGUGCCCAUUGUGUUUGAGAACUACUACGACAGAGAGCCGUGCACAGACGGCAGCAACGGCAUUGGAGGGCGCUUUGGUGGAGGGGUCAUGAAAAGGUUUUCAAAUCUUUUGCAAGGAAACUCUAGUGCCAGCAGGAACAAUGUCAAUGAUGGUGUAUCAACGGCUACACCCACUGCUGAUUCAGAUGGGGUGUACGCCUCCAUCCCUGGGCUUGGGACCGGAGGAGCACCAAGAGCUGCGGCAGCAGUAGAGGAGUACCAGGCGCUCUAUGAAUAUGUUGCUCAGAGCUCAGACGAGCUGUCCAUUGCCGUGGGGGAGGUAGUGGUGGUGGUGGACCAGGGGCAAGAUGGCUGGUGGACAGUGGAAAGUAAAGGCCAGUCAGGCCUGGUACCGGGAUCUUACCUCAACAAAGUCUGAAAGGGAGCGUACACACACACACACACACACACACACACACACACACACACACACACACACACACACACACACACACACACACACACACACACACACACACACACACACACACACACACACACACACACACACACUGAGAGGACCCUGUUACAGGUCGACAGCUGUGUGGGCUUAUCCAGUGCCGAUCUGACUCAGAGGUGUGAAGCACCAGCUUAACAGCAGUUUUAUUCAGGGUAACAUAUUUAUAUUGUGAAAAGGAGAGCUCGUCUCAAGCAGGCACUACAGGCUGGCAUAACACAAUUGUAGCGCAGUAGAUCUAGUUGUAACUGGACUGUUCGUUUCCAAUAUUCCUUUUGUGUGAUGUAUGUUAAAGAUGAGAUAUUACUAUGCAGUGGCUAGGGAUGUUCCAUAGGUGGGGGUGGGGGUAAUUUAAAUUCAGAUGUUCCUUGCUUAAAGCUAGUGAACUUCAACUACAGCCAUUAAUAUUUCUACUGUGCGUCACUGUGUUUUGUUGUUGGUCAUUUGUGGUAUUGUCAAUAUUUCAAGAGGAAUUUUGAAUUUCUUUAACGCAAACUAUGUGAAUGUAUUUGAUGCAAAAAUACUCUAGUUCCAAUUUACUCACUUCUGACUCUGUGGAGAGAGAAUUUGCAGAAUGUCUAAUUUAUAAUCAAACUGGCAUUUCUUCUGGCUUCAUUUGUUAACCUCUGUAAAUGUUUUAAUAAGAUUAAACUGCACUGUUUCUUUA